GGCACGGCCAUCAACCAAUCAAGACGGUCUAGAUAAGAAUAGAAAGAAACAAGCUUUUCCUUUUGAUUCUAGUUAACUACAACGUCUUCAUAUCAUCCAGGAAACAGGACUAAAACCCUGGUGUGAGAGCCCUGUUAAAUAGCGGAGAUGAAUUGGAUGUACCUUCAGGCUCUGCUUGGUGGAGUAAGCAAAUACUCCACCGUGUUUGGUCGCGUCUGGCUAUCAGUGGUCUUCGUCUUCAGAAUCCUGGUGUUUGUGGUGGCUAUUCAGCAGGCGUGGGGUGAUGAAACCAAAGAGUUUGUCUGCAACACGGCCCAGCCGGGCUGUAGCAAUGUCUGCUUCGACCAAUAUUUCCCCAUUUCCCAUAUCCGGUUAUGGUCUCUUCAGCUCAUAUUUGUCACCUGUCCAUCUCUAUUGGUCGUGGCACAUGUCAAGUAUCGUGAAAUGAAGGAUCAGAAAUUUACUUCAAGCCAUGAAGGCGAACACCUGUACAGCAACCCCGGGAGGAAGCGUGGAGGACUGUGGUAUACCUACAUACUCAGUCUGGUGUUCAAAGCAGGCUUUGAUGCUGGCUUCCUCUAUAUUUUGUACGCCGUUUAUGGUUUUGAUAUGCCAAGGUUGUUCAAGUGCAGUCAGGAACCUUGUCCGAAUACAGUCGACUGCUACAUAUCUCGUCCUACAGAGAAAAAGAUCUUCACAUUGUUUAUGGUAGUUUCGUCUUCUGUGUGCAUCUUCAUGUGUUUCUGUGAGAUGAUCUACCUGAUUGUCAAGAAAGUUCACAAGUUCUUGCUCAGACACCAUCAAAUGAACGCUGCCAAAUAUUCCUCAUGUAGAAGGGUAGAUCCAACAGCCUUGUCCACACAGAACCUGAAUAACAUUGAAAGGGCAAAGUCUGCAGCAGAGGAGAAAAGAUCACAGCAGGCCUAAAUGUGGCCUGAACAAUGAUUGUGUGGUACAACAAAGCAUGAAAACAGUCAUAAGACACUUUGGACCAUGGACCAAAAUUACCACACUAUGCAAGGAAUAUUUCCUUCUUUAUAAUAUUUUGAGACUUAUACAGAAAAUGUUCAAAACCAAUCGUUGGAUUCAAACUGUUAUGAGAUGUUUAACAUCCCGGUUGGGUGAAAAUAACCCAACAUAGGUUAAUUUAUAACCCAGCAGUUGGUUACGUCCAUAUCUUACAACAAUUAGUUGAAACAACUCAGCCUUUACGGUUUGAAAUGUGUGUUUAUAUUGGUGAUAAUUUUAAAAGGCUUGUGUUCUUGACUCAUAGAGGAGCAUACUGUUCUCUAAUGCAUAGAAAAUAUAGGUGAACAACAUUGUUAAAACAUACAUCAGUAGCCAUCGCAUCCCUGGUCAAACAAAUGGGAUGUCCAGCUAACAAAUAAACAUGAAAACUUCUUAAUUGUGUUAUCAAUUAAAUAAUGAUGUGUCAAUUUAAUCAAGUUUUUUUUAAUUGUGCAUGCAAUGCUAUGAUUAUUAGAAAAACUGUCACCCAACAAGAAUAUCUAAUUACCCCCACCCUUCCUCCCGUUUAGCCAGCCUAGUACUGGGUCUGUACAAUUCACAAAGAGACACCUUUAACACUGGACAGCACUCACACUGAGACACCUUUACACUAUGCACUUGUAUUCAUAUGAUUUGCAGAAAAGAUCAAUGUAGAAUGUCAUGUUUAUGGAACUAUGUAAAAAUAAUGUUUUAUGAUUUCUUUACGACAAAUAACCUAAUUGUAAUUUUAUUGUUACUUUUGUUUUCCUUUUGUAUUUGUACAUACCCUAAAAUAAA